AUUAGAAUCAAUAUUGUCAUAUAAUAAUCAAAAAGAAAAAAUAUUUUUUUGGGAGUGAUAGUUUAUAGUUUAAAUGGCGGAAAAAUUAUACGAGUAUCAAGGGUUUUCUGGUAGGAUUCAUACGAUCAGAGACAAUCUACGCGAGAAAUAUUCCGCAUGGAAAGAAAACGAUGAUAGGAAUUUAGUCAAAUGGUUAACAGAUAAAUGCUUUUGUACUAAUAAUACCGAUGGUGCCGAUUAUCCAGAAUUUUCUCAUAUUUAUAGGCGAAAAACAAGAAGAGAACUCGUUAGAGUAUCAGCCGCAGUAAUGGGAAUAGAGUUUUCAUAUGCUGCAGAAACGGCUUUCGUUUCACCAACACUUUUAAAAAUCGGCGUUGAGCAUAAACACAUGACAUUAGUAUGGGCGCUUUCACCACUUAUUGGUUUUUUCCUAACUCCAAUUUUGGGAUCUCUUAGUGAUAGAUGUCAUUUGAGCUAUGGUAGAAGAAGACCAUUUAUUUUACUUAUGUCAGUGGGAGUCCUAUUAGGACUGAUUCUAGUCCCAAAUGGAGAAUACUUGGGAUACAAAAUGGGAGAUACAAAGCCUCCAGAUUUAUACUACCAUAGGAAAUCUUUUGAGAAUGCUGUACCAUUUGAACAUGAAAAUUCAGAACUAGAAGACUCAAAAGUAAUAAAUAAGAUGUUUUCAUUAAAUAGUAAAAAUACAUCAAAGGCGCAAAUAUCAGCUUUAAAUAAGACACAAAAUAAUAUAACAAAUAACGAUAAUAUUGCAGAAGACAUUAAAAAUAAUAAUGAUACUAUUAGAUUAUUAAGUAAUAACCUUGAUAGCAACAGUCAUCCUGGUGUAAUUUACAACAAUUCCCAUCCAUGGGGAGUACUGUUUACCAUUAUUGGAACUGUUUUAUUGGAUUUUAAUGCUGACGCUUGCCAGAGCCCUGCAAGAGCCUAUUUGUUAGAUGUUACAAUUCCAGAUGAUCAUGCUAGAGGCUUAAGUACGUUUACAAUAAUGGCCGGGCUCGGUGGAUUUUUCGGAUAUGCAUUGGGAGGAAUUAACUGGGAUGCUACAUUUAUAGGAGAGAUUCUUGGAGGCCAUGUAAGAGCAGUAUUUACUGUAAUAACUGUAAUAUUUAUAAUAUGCGUGGCGUCCACAAUAACAAGUUUUAAAGAGAUACCUUUACCGUUAUUGGAAUUAAAUCGGAACGAAGCUAAUAAUCUUGAGCUAAAUGAAACUCAAAAAUAUGGAACCCUUUGUGAUGACCUUAAUAUAGAUGCAAAAAAUACCGAAGAAGAAUAUAUCCCCAUCGAAGAUCCAAAUGUAACGAUAGAAUCCCAAAAAAAAAGUAUUGAUGUAAAUCCAAAUAUUUCAUUAUUACUGUACCUACAAAGCAUUAUUUACAUGCCGUAUUCGAUAAGAAUACUUUGUACAACGAAUCUAUUUUGUUGGAUGGCACACGUUUGUUAUUCUUUGUAUUUCACUGAUUUCGUUGGAGAAGCUGUUUUCAACGGAAGUCCUACGGCCACGGCAAAAAGUUUGGCUAAAGAAUUAUAUGAAGACGGAGUAAGAUUUGGAUGCUGGGGCAUGUCAAUGUAUUCCUUGUCUUGUGCUUGUUAUUCAACAAAAAUUGUAAAAUUAAUUUCAGUGUUUGGUGCAAGAAAUAUAUACGUCGGUGGGUUAUUGGUUUACUCUAUUGGCAUGCUUUGUAUGGCCAUAACUAAACACAAAAUUGGAGUUUUAUUGUUUAGCUGGACAGCUGGAAUUAUGUAUUCGACCUUGUUUACGAUGCCUUACCUAAUUGUUGCUCAUUAUCAUGCCAAAAGAACGUUUGAAAUUACUGAAGAUGGCAAAGAAAAAAUUACAACUCAAAUACGUGGGCUAGGUACAGAUGUCGCCCUUAUCUCAAGCAUGGUAUUUGUAGCUCAAUUUAUCCUUAGUAUAUGUAUGGGUACUAUUGUUAAUACCACUGGGACUAUCACAUCUAUAGUCAGUGUCGCCAGUAUGCUUGCUUUCUUUGGUGCAAUAUCUGCUAGUCAAGUGAUGUAUUUAGAUCUCUAGUAAAGUAAUAUAGUAAGUAAUAUUUUUAAAAAGCAUUUUGAAAAAUGUUGGGUAGUAAUGAAGGACAGAUGUUUGUGAUAGGAAAUUAAUAUUAAAUAUCUUAAUAUUAAUUAAAUUUAAAUUGUAGCUAUAGCAUACAAAUAAGUAAAUAAAUAAAUAAGACAAAAAAGCAAUAGACAAAUAAGUAAAAUGACAAAUAAUAAGGUAGUCCAGUAGAUUUUAUUAAAACAGC